AACUUGUUCCAUCACUCUUGAUGACUAGCCAUUAAAUGAUAUUCCGCACUUUCAAUAACAUGGCUUCCAUCGGUGGCAUUGCAGUAAAGCCUCAAAAGAAGAGCAGACGAUCUGAUUCAGUUGCCUACAGUGAACUUUCAUUGCGCCAGAAUGCAGCCAUUUUGGAGUAUUGCCGCACCUCCAUGUCAGCACUUGCUGGAGCCACUGCCGGAAUCAUGGGACUAACAAGUCUUUUGGGCUUUGUCUUUUACUUUGUAUCAGCCUUUGUUUUAUCUGUAUUCUUAACCAUCAAGGCUGGAUCAAGAUGGAAUGCUUUCUUCAUUUCAAGAAAAAUUCUUUUCAUAAGUGGUUUGUUUGGUGGGCUUUUUACAUACAUACUGUUUUGGACAUUCUUGUAUGGAAUGGUACAUGUUUAUUAAUUAAGAAUCAACAUGAUAGGCCAUUUGAUGCAUUUUUGUUACUUCUCAAAUCAAAGUUCCUAGUUUUUAAGACAAUACAGUGCAAUAAAUUGUCUUCUUGGUGUAUAGUUA